AUGGAGCCAUUUAAUCUGCCAACCAAUACGUCCGUCUUCGACAAUUUCGUUGUUCUCACUUUCAUUUACAAGACCAUUCACGAUCAUGAGAUCACAACUGAUGUACUUUAUCCAAAGCACUUGGCGGAGAACUCUUCUCCUUCCUGCCCUGUCAUUCUACGAUAUCAUGGAGGUGGCCUAGUUGCAGGCUCCAGCCUCUAUACCCCCUUCUUCAACCCUUGGUAUCUCGAGCUAUGUCAUGAACACUCCGCCAUGAUUGUGUCGCCCAAUUAUCGCCUGAUUCCAGAAUCUUCCGUCUUGGAAAUUUUCGAUGAUAUCGAAGACCAUUGGCGAUGGAUGCACCAUUCAUUGCCAACUUUACUAUCUGUGCGAGCACCCACGGUACACAUAGAUCUGAGUCGGAUCAUGACCGCCGGAGAUAGCGCGGGAGGUUACCUCAGUCUUCAUAUGGGGCUGAGCCAUCCUAAUGAAAUCAAGGUGGUUAAUGCCGUAUAUCCAAUGACUGGUCCUGAUCCAACGAAUCCCGGCGGUACUGGACGAUCUGUUUUCAAUAUUCCGCUCCUCCCGCGAGAUAUCCUCGAGCGGCACAUGGAGCAAAUCAAAGCUCGGGAGGAAGAGCAACAGCAUCCGGUUGUUCUGUCUGCGGAGACUGGCCCAGAAAGACUGCAGUUGAUGUUCGCUAUUUGUCAAUGGGAGCAAAUUGGCCGACUAUUUCCGCAAAAUGUGGACCUUCCAUACCUCCUCAAGAGGUUGGAAAAUGGGGACAGAUUCCCACGUGGUGGAGUUUCGGUAUUCCACGGCCGACAUGACAGUGUUGUUCCUGUCCAAGUUAGCUACGACUUGACGCGAAAGGUGCAAGAGGUGGAUCCAAACCUGGAUUUCCGCCUUGUGGUCCAAGACGGCGAGCAUGGUUUCGACCAUCAAGCUAAGCUACACGACAAAUGGCUUUGGGAGGCAGUCCGGGAUCAUAUCAAAUGCUGGCUUGAGUAA